AUGGAUGAAACCGGGUGCCCGACCGUGCCAACCAAACCUGUCAAAACCAUCGCGCGCAAAGGACAAAAGCAGGUCGGCUCAUCAACAUCUGCCGAAAAAGGCACCAAUGUGUCUUUGGCUUUGGCCGUCAGCGCUAGUGGCCAGUCUAUACCGCCAUUCUUCCUCUUUCCCCGAGUCAACAUGAAAGAGAUUUUUAUGACUCAUGCGAGUCAUGGCGCUGUUGGUGUUGCGAACGGUUCUGGUUACUUGAACUCUGACGUAUUACCUCAAUUCAUGCGUCAUUUCAUCAAGCACACCGGUGCUAAUACCGAUUCGCCAACCAUGUUGCUGCUGGACAACUACGGUUCGCAUUUAUCGAUCGAGGCGAUAGAUUUGGCGUUGGAUCAUGGCAUCACGUUGCUGUCUUUUCCGCCGAAAUACACGCACAAAAUGCAGCCGCUAGAUGUUGCGGUGGACGAGAAUCCGUGGGGUGACGCGUAUAAAAUAGUGAUGGAGAAAAUCAGAGGGGGUAACAGUCAAGCACCAACAUGUCCGACCCUCCUAGAAAAGGAGGUGAAAACGCUUUUCCCAACGCAAGAACCCUAA